GCCUAACCUGUGAGUGAAUUUGCGUAGGUGGCGCGCCUCAAAGCCAAAACAGACAGGGCGGUAGUCCAAAUAAAGCUCCUUAAUCUAGAAAAGAGCCCGCGCCCCCUGGCGCUGCUGGCAAGAGCCCCGGUGCACGCAGAGGAACACUUGAGCUACAAACAACAAUAAUGGCGCCGCUCGCGCGCACGCCGUCGCUCAAGCGCCUCGCGGCCGAACCCAAGGACCGCGCGACACCCCCGACACCAACAGCCCAGCCGAGCGACUGGGGCCAUUAUGAUACUGGCGAGAAGCCGCCCGAGGACCAGAACGAGGACAACGAGGCGAACGAUAACGACGACACGAUCUCCUGGGCCGGCGACGGCGACCACGUUACGGGAGAGGACUUCCGCUUCGACAGCGGCAAAUUUGGGGCCUGCGGCGCGCGGUGCGCGACGCGCGUCUACGGGGCCGCGCCCGCGGCGUGCACCGCGCCUUUAGGGUUCGACGAGGUCGACCCCGAGGGGCGGCCGAAGGAGGCCUGCGUGGCGUGCGCCGCCGAUAAAGAGAAGAAGCCUACUCGUAGUCAUCAGAGCGGUAUUGAUUUGAUCGUGCCCGGCGGCGAGGCGACGUUCUGCCUGCUCCCGGAUAGAAACCGCGACGGCGUGGUGUUUGAGGCGGACGUCACGUGGCGGCGGUGUCGGCGGAGGCGGGCCGAGAAGCAGCUAAGGUGGGAGGAGAAGGAGCGGUGGGAAGCUCUUAGGGUGAGGACGGAGGCGCCGGGCGUCGGCGCCGAGGACGUCGCGCCCUCCUUGUGUACCGAUUAUAGAGGUUUGGGCGUCGUGCUGAACCCGCGGUUCGCGCCACGCGUGACGUCGCGCUACUUCGCGCAGCAUUUUCCAAGAGGCGUGACGGUGGCCGUGGCGCUCGGCGCCGUGCGCGUCGUGGCGACGCCCUUCGAGACCUUCGCGCAGUACGAGGUGAGGGUGGCGCUCGACGGCGGGCCGGCGCGGUCGGCGUGGCGGCGCUACUCGGCGUUCCGGGCCUUCGCGGAGCAGCUCGCGGCGCAGUGCUCACCCAUCGACGUUGCGCGGACUUUAACGGCGUGGGGCGACGCCGAGGCGGCGAAAAAAGUUUUUAGAUGCGUCGACCCCCAUUACUUGGUGCAGCGCUACUACCACUUCGAGCGCGUGCUCCGGGAAGCGCUCUUCGAGGUCGACGACCCGCAAUUAUUGCUGGCCUUCUUCGCGACGCACCCGCGGCGGACGCGGUCCGCGGAGCAGCUCGCGGCGCAGCAGCAGCGCGUGGUCCGGCCCUUCGCGCGGUCGCGGCCCGUCGCCGUCGCGCGCGCCGACGACGACGCGUCCUCGGAACAGCUCUCGCGCACGCCGGCCGUGCGCGAGUCGUUCCUGACGCGCUUCCUCGGCAUCCGCGACUCGGACCGCCGCGCGGUGCCGGCGCACUGACCUGCUACGUAUGAUACGACCCCCCCGCCCCCAUGACUGACUCUCGCGUGUAUGUACUUCUCUUUCGA